AUGUCAAAUACCAAUUAUCAAUUCCCACCAUCUUCACCAUUACAUGAUGCCGAAGAAAUACUUUAUCAUCAUAACAAAGAUCCAUUCGCUUUAUCCAAGAAGCCACAACCAUUGAAGAGUGGUGAUGGUGACAGACAGUCACGUACUGUUGAAUAUCCAACCCCCAAUCCAUCAUCCUCGUUGUUCAGAUCAUCAUCACCAGCUAAAGAAGAUGUCAAAAUUGUUUCAAAUUGGCAAAAUUUCCCCAAUAAAGCAACAACCAACAAGCAAACUGUUGCCAUCAAUAAACACUUUAACGUAUUGAAAUCGGACACCUCGGUGUUGCGUAUUCCAUUUUUAUCCGACCACGAUGAAUUUUCUAUCGGCAGAUCUUCACAAACUUGUCAAUACAAUUUAAACGCCAAAGAUUCGUAUAUUUCUCGUACUCAUGUUAACAUAAACUACACUACACAACAAAUGGUUAUCAAUUGCGUUGGAUCCAAUGGAAUGGGGAUAGUCAUCCCCAAAACAUGUUAUGUCUAUGCCAACCAACACAACAAGAAUGAUUACAUUGUUGUUGAAAACGCCAAUGGUGAGCCAUUAUCAACGACUGCAUUGAAUCAAAAAUCCGCCUCAAUCAAGUUGGCUGCUGAUUAUUCUCAAUUUUAUAUUCACAAGGGAGAACUGGUCAGUUUACCACGUCAGUUUGAAAAUGUAUUGUUGGAGAUUUCAAAACUGAUGGUGUUGUUGAACCCAAAGGAUAUUGAUGAACCAUUGACUGAUAGUGACGAGGAACUAACUGAUGAUGAAGAGUUGGUGUUGAUUGAAAAUCGUGAGACGAAACCAAGUAAUAGUAAAAAUGAUCAUGAUUUGACUCCAUUGAACAAAAUUUUCAGCAGUUCAGUACCUCAAACACCAUCAAAACCAAGGAAUGAUACAUUGGCAAUGAUAAAAUCGCCACCAAAUCAUGAAGACGAUGAACAAAAAGUGGCAGACAGUAGUUUUAUGGAUGAUUAUCACACUCCAAGCAAACAACAUCCAGUCAAAUUGAGACAACCACAACCGGGAAAAACGGUUCAAUUUGACAUUUACUCAAAUAACGUUGACUCGUCACCUCAUAAGCGCAGUUUAUCAAAUCCACUGAAGAUGGUGUUGGUUGAUGUUACCAACACCGUGAGACGUGCAUCAUCAGCAGAGCCACAAAGUGAAAAGAUGUCUUCAGCAACAACAAGUGAACAACAACUUUACCCCACCCACAGUAGUGAGCUUCAUCACAAACUGGCUGGUGAGUCUCACCAACCGAUGAAAAAGAGGAAAAGAACCCUUACCCGACAACAAACUCCCGAACUCGACAACUCAGCCUUAUCGUUGCCCAACUUAUCCGAAAUUGAAAAUAUUUUGGUUAAUCACUUGGCAUUUUCUCGAUUAAGCUCCACCCCAGCAUCAUUUUUAAAUACAAUUUCCGCCACCACUUCGAAAUUGUCUCUUUUACAAAUUAGAUCAAUUUUGCAUAAUUUGAAAUGUAUCGGAAUUAUUUAUCGUCAAGGCACGGAUGCUGCUGGAAAGCCAUUGGAAGAAGAGUAUUACUACAUGCCGGAACAGGAUGAUGAUCAAGGUAGACAAAGUUUGGUUUCCAAUGUUAAGGGCCAUGGUGGAUUACGAUCCUGUAGACGGACUCACAAACAGUACUAUUGGAAGAAACCAGCACCUAUAAAGAAGUAA